UUUUUUUUUUUCUUCUUUUUCUUUCCCCACUUUUUUUUUUCCUUCUUUUUAUAUAUAUUCAUAUUUUUCUUUUAUAAUGUCAAACGAUAUCCGUUUUGAUGGUCGUGUAGUUAUUGUCACUGGUGCCGGUGGUGGCCUUGGUAAAGCAUACGCUCUUUUCUUUUCUAAACGUGGUGCUAGUGUUGUAGUCAAUGAUCUUGGUACUAUUACUAAAGAAGAUGGUUCAAAGAUCAAGGCUGCUGAUGUGGUUGUAGAAGAAAUUCUCAAGAAUGGUGGUCAAGCUGUUGCCAAUUACAACUCUGUAGAAGAUGGUCAAAAAAUUGUAGAUACUGCUAUGAAAGCCUUUGGUCGUAUUGAUAUUCUUAUCAAUAAUGCUGGUAUUCUCCGUGACAAAUCCUUUGCUCGUAUGACUGAUGCUGAUUGGGAUCUCAUUCAAACUGUUCAUGUCAAGGGUUCUUAUGCUGUUACAAAAGCUGCUUGGCCUAUUAUGCGUAAACAAAAGUAUGGUCGUAUCAUUAUGACUGCUUCUGCUGCUGGUAUCUAUGGUAAUUUUGGUCAAGCCAACUAUUCUGCUGCUAAAUUGGCUUUAGCUUCCUUUGGUUUUACUUUGGCAAAGGAAGGUGAAAAGGACAAUAUUCAUACAAAUACUAUUGCUCCUAUGGCGGCUUCCAAAAUGACUGAAACCAUCAUGCCUCCAGAAAUCCUUGCAUCUCUUAAACCUGAAUUUGUGACUCCUGUUGUUGGUUACCUUUGUCAUGAAAAUACUGAAGAUAAUGGUGGUAUCUUUGAAGUAGGUGGUGGAUUUGUCUCCAAACUUCGAUGGGAACGUUCUGCUGGUAGUGUAUUUAAAGCUGAUGAAACUUUCACUCCUGAUGCUGUUGCUGCCAAAUUCGAUCAAAUCGUAGACUUUGAUAAAAAUACUGAAUACCCUACUUCUGUGAUGGAUACCAACUUUUUGGAACUUUUGGAACGUGCCAAGGCUGCUGAUGCUAACCCCAAGGGUGAUGCCUUGAGAUUUGAUGGUCAAGUUGCUAUUGUUACUGGUGCUGGUGGUGGUCUUGGUAGAGCUUAUGCUUUACUUUUAGCUAGCUUGGGUGCUUCUGUUGUGGUGAAUGAUCUUGGUGGUUCUCAUAGUGGACAAGGAUCUGAUGCUCGUGCUGCUGAUACUGUCGUUGCUGAAAUUCAAAAGGCUGGUGGUAAAGCUGUUGCUAAUUAUGAUUCUGUUGAAGAAGGUGAUAAGGUGGUUGCCACUGCUCUCAAGGCUUUUGGUCGUGUAGAUAUUCUUGUUAAUAAUGCUGGUAUUCUUCGUGACAAGUCAUUUGCUCGUAUGACUGAUGCUGAUUGGGAUCUCGUCCACAGAGUCCAUUUGCGUGGUACUUACAAGGUUAUUCAAGCUGCCUGGCCUCACUUUGUCAAGCAAAAAUAUGGUCGUAUCAUCAAUACUGCCUCUGCUGUCGGUUUAUACGGAAACUUUGGACAAGCUAACUACUCUUCUGCCAAACUUGGUAUUGUUGGUUUGACAAAGACUUUGGCUUUAGAAGGUCAACGUAACAACAUUCUUAGCAACGUGAUCGCUCCUAAUGCUGGUACUCGUAUGACUGCUACUGUGAUGCCUCCUGAAAUGGUGGAAGCCUUCAAACCUGAAUAUGUUGCUCCUCUUAUUGCUUACUUGGGUCAUUCUAGUAACGAAGAAACUGGUAGUAUCUUUGAAGUUGGUAGUGGAUGGAUUGCUAAAGUCCGAUGGCAACGAACUGGUGGUGUUGGCUUCCCCUCAAAUCGUGAAUUGACUCCUGAACAAGUGGCUAAAGAAUGGUCUCGUAUUUCUGACUUUGAAGAUGGUCGUGCUACCAAUCCUGCAAGUACUCAAGAUUCUUUUGCCGGUUUUAUGGAAAACUUUGGAAAUGUUGCUGAAGAUGAACCAGAAGAAUCUAAUGAUGUUGUUGCCAAGGCUAAGAAGAUUGACUUUGAAGAAUUGACUUUCUCCUAUGAAGAACGUGAUGUCAUUUUAUAUGCUCUUGGUGUUGGUUGUAAACGUCAAGAUCUCAAAUGGGUAUAUGAAAAUGAUGCUGACUUUAGUGUUCUUCCUACCUUUGGUGUCAUUCCUUCCUUCUUAUCUAUGAAUAGUGUUCCAUUUGGUGAUAUUGUUCCCAACUUUAAUCCCAUGAUGUUAUUGCACGGUGAACAAUUCUUGGAACUUAAGAAACCUAUUCCUACCAGUGGUACUUUGACUUCCAAGGCUCGUAUUGUGGAUAUUUUGGAUAAGGGUAAAGGUGCUUCCGUUGUGGUCGGUGUUACUACCAAGGAUGAACGUGGUGAAGUUGUAUUUGAAAAUGAAUUCACUCUAUUCAUUCGUGGAAGUGGUGGUUUUGGUGGUGACAAGAAGGGUGCUGAUCGUGGUGCUGCUACUGCUGCCAAUAAUCCUCCUAAUCGCAAACCUGAUGUCAUUAUUACUGAAAAGACUCACGAAGAUCAAGCUGCUCUCUAUCGUUUGAGUGGUGAUUACAAUCCUUUACAUAUUGAUCCUGAAAUGUCUGCCAUUGGUGGAUUUGAGACUCCAAUUGCUCACGGAUUGCUAAGCUUCGCAAUCUCUGGAAAGCAUGUCUUGAAGGCAUUUGGUAACAACGACCCCAGCCGAUUCAAAAAUAUCAAGGUUCGAUUUGCCAAGCAUGUAUUCCCUGGUGAAACUUUAGAAACUCAAAUGUGGAAGGAAGGCAACAAAGUUAUCUUCCAAACCCGUGUAGUUGAACGUGACGCUAUUGCUAUCUCUAAUGCUGCUGUGGAACUUGUUGGUGGUCGUGAUAGCAAAUUGUAAAAUAUAUAGUCUUCUUUAGUUAGUUAGUUAGUUUUAAUUUAGGUUUUAUUUUGAUAAUAAAAAAGAAUUUUGGUUUCAUG